AUGGCUGCGCCCAAUGUAUAUCGACCUACGGGCUUUGACUUUACAAAUGAACUGAGGAACAACUUUUUGACCCAGAAAGGGCUACCUUUGCCCAAGGCUACCAGCACAGGAACAACCAUUGUUGGCUGUCUUUUCAAGGAUGGAAUCGUACUAGGCGCAGAUACCCGUGCAACGGAGGGCCCUAUUGUCGCGGAUAAGAACUGCGAGAAGAUCCAUUAUAUCACCGAGUCCAUUAGAUGCUGUGGUGCUGGAACAGCAGCUGACACAGAAUUUACGACCGCCCUCAUCUCCUCGAACAUGGAACUUCAUGCCUUACAAACUGGUCGCAAACCGCGGGUCGUGACUGCCAUGACGAUGUUGAAGCAGAUGCUAUUCAGAUAUCAAGGUCAUGUUGGUGCAGCUCUCGUUCUUGGGGGUGUUGACGCUACUGGCCCCCACCUAUUCACAAUUCACCCUCACGGUUCGACAGACAAGCUUCCAUACGUCACUAUGGGUUCUGGAAGCUUGGCUGCCAUGGCCGUAUUUGAAAGUGGCUGGAAGCCAAACAUGGAGCGGGAAGAAGCCCUCCGCCUAGUCAAAGCUGCCAUCGCCGCUGGUAUUUUCAACGAUCUUGGGUCCGGAUCGAACAUUGACGCUUGUAUCAUUACCGAAAACAACACUGAGAUGCUCAGGAAUGUCGAGAUGCCCAAUCAGCGCGUCCAGAAAGAGCGCGACUACAAAUUUAGGCGAGGAACAACGGCUUGGAAGAAGGAAGAUGUCAGAAAGUUUGUUGUAGACGAACAAACAACACUUAUUGGCGGUGGCGAUGAGAUGGAUACCUCAUAG